GAAACUCCGAUGGGCGGAGGAACCCGGCAGAAUACCGGCCAGAAGAUGCUCCGAGGACGAAUCUUUCCCGGAAGACAAACUGCGGGGUACAGCGAUCUUUUGCGCUUACUUGCUAUUGCGAAUUGCCAGUGUGUCGGAGGAGGACCUUUCUUUCCUUCUGAUUGAUUCCCUCGCGCAAAAAUGGCACCCCGGGGGCUGACAAUUGUCAUCAAAUUGGGGACGAGUUCCAUUGUCGACGAGAAAACACACGAGCCGAUUCUCUCCAUCCUGACUUUGAUUGUCGAGACGGUAGCACGAUUGCGCAAAGAUGGUCACCGCGUGGUCUUGGUCUCGUCGGGCGCCGUUGGCGUUGGCUUGCGGAGGAUGGAUUGGGAUAAACGCCCAACACACUUGCCCCGAAUACAGGCACUUGCUGCUGUUGGCCAGUGUCGGCUAAUGAGUCUCUGGGAUAACCUCUUCUCACAUCUCCGAGUACCAGUGGCUCAAAUCCUUUUAACGAGAAAUGACAUUGCGGAUAGAACCCAAUAUAUCAAUGCUCAAAAUACUUUUGAGCAAUUGUUUGAGAUGGGUGUUGUUCCCAUUGUUAAUGAAAAUGAUACCCUUGCCGUUUCUGAAAUCAAAUUUGGCGACAACGAUACCCUCUCAGCGAUUGCGGCGGCUACCGUCAAGGCCGACUAUCUUUUCUUGAUGACCGAUGUUGACUGUCUCUACACGGCCAACCCUCGAACGAACCCCGACGCCAGGCCCAUUGAAGUUGUGUCAGAUAUCUCUCUAUUGGAGGCUGAUGUCUCGUCUGCCGGCUCGGCUCUGGGGACCGGUGGUAUGAGCACUAAGAUUGUGGCUGCCAAGCUCGGAACUAGUGCUGGCGUGACAACCAUCAUUACCAAGAGCUCCAAACCUGGCAACGUCCACGAUAUCGUCAAAUACCUCCAACGACUUCAAGAGGGUCCUGACGCAAAUGGCGACCAGGCUCUCGACAUUCCCCCUCCCCCUCUCCACACUCGUUUCCUCCCCUCAGAUACCCCCAUUCAAUCCGUCACAUUCUGGCUGCUGCACGGCCUGACUCCCCACGGUACCAUCUACAUCGACCAAGGUGCCUACGACGCACUCCUGAACCACAAGGCCAGUCUGCUUCCUGCCGGUGUAGUCGGUGUUGAAGGACACUUCGCACAGCAAGAAGCCGUGCGGCUGGUAGUCGCAGAGAAGCCCUCGCCCGAUGCCCUGGAUGGAGACUUUAUCCACCACGCACAAGAGCCACGAGAAGUGGGACGCGCGUUAGUGAAUUACGGCUCCAUGGAGAUUGCGCUUAUCAAGGGUCACCGGAGCACACAUAUCGAGUCCCUGCUUGGUUGGUCUGAAAGUGAAUAUGUCGCCUUGCGGGAGAACAUCUCCUUCCACCCGGAAGAAAGUCAUCCGGCGACACCAUUGCUUACUCCCGCGCUGGAGGAGUGGAAAUCGCCCAGGUCGCCACCUAACGGGCGCUCAUAAUGUUGCAUGAAUUACACGAAAAUGAAUGAAGAGAGAAAGGCUGAAAAUAUAGAUGAGGAGCUGUAAAUAUGGAGUGAUUUUGCGAACAGCACCAAAAGUUUCAAUCGCAUUGUGAUCACGGCGGAAAGACUACAUUAGAUUUUGACAAAUCAACAGGUUGGAAAGCCGAGUGCAAGCUCAACACUUGUGCUCAAUUAUCGAGUCCUUAACGAAAUCGAAGAAGAAGUAGGUGAUACAUGAAGCCUGUAAUUAAUCUUUCCAACGCUCCAUCCAUUGCUGCAUUCUCUUGUCCAGCGUGGGUGCAGCAGCAGGGGCAGCCUGAGUAUAUUAGCGAAGUCUUCCGAGAGAUGGG